AUGAUCAGUGCGCUCCGUCUCGCUCGUAUCCCCACUCGCAGUCUUAAUAACGCAGCCCAGCAGCGUGCUUUCUCGCUCGCUUCUCUGCAACAAAAGUCUUUUUCAGCUCUUGUGCAGGAGAUCAGGGCAAACAACAAAAAUAUCCACCACAUCUCUCCCAAGGAUCUUCACGCGAUUUCCUCUACUGCCUCACCCCAAAACCCGCGCCUACCACCGCAUAUCAUCGAUGUUCGUGAGCCACACGAGGUCGAGGCCACGGGCACGAUCCCUGGCGCAGUUUUUCUGCCUCGUGGCAUCCUCGAAAGAGAUAUCGGCAAGUUCCUGAAGCAGAACGAUCCUAGAGACGUCGUUGUAUAUUGCGCUGGGGGGUUCAGAUCCGUCCUGGCCGCAGAGUCUCUCGUGCGGUUGGGCUAUGGAGUCGUCGAGGGCGAGAUGAACGAUAGUGAGGGCGCAAAGGGAUUAAAUCCUCAGGAAAGCAAGGAUAAGCCCAGGGUUUGGAGUCUGGACGAAGGCAUGGAUGGGUGGAUCAAGAGUGGGUUCGAAGUCGAAAAGAAGGCAAAGAACUAG